GGCAGUGAGUAUCCCGGCGAGACGCUGGAUGCGCAGAUCAUCGCGACGAAUGUAUCCUCCCAUACACCUCUAUAUAUUCCUUUCUUAUGGACGGCUAACUGCUACGCAGGUAUACUACGACUUCUCCAAACACGGCUUCUGGGACUCCAACUUCAUCGUCCACCCGACAAACUGGUACAUGGCGGCCAAGAUCGGCACCGACGGCCUGCACCGGGUGACCUACGGCGACGUCGUGGGACUCUCGCGCGAGGAGUACAUAGCGCGGCAGCCGACGCGUUUCGAGGAGAUCCUACCGGGGCACCCAAAACCAGAAGAGUAUAA